AUGCUCACCUCUAUGCCACCCAUUGAGCGACACCCAAUCACCGGCGAGAUGAUCCUCCGCCUGCGGAAGCAUCCCAACCUUAUCCUGACACCCCCAAGGGAAAGCGAUGUACCAAAGUUGGCGGAGUACCUGAGCGACCCAAGAAUAUCCUCUUUUUUGGCAAGCCCACCAAUACCAUAUCGUAUUGAGCACGCACAAGCCUGGCUGGCGCGGGCGAUUUCUGAGCGGGGCGCAGUUGUCGAGGAGAUAGAGAGCAAAGGAAGCGGUCCAUUCACCGGCUGUCCUUUCCAAUUCAUCCGACAGCUGAAAGGCGAUGGAUCCGACGAGAUGAUAGGAGCCAUCCAUUUGGUCCCGUGGCCCAAAGGCAGGGUGCCGGACGUUGAUGACCUGAGGGAGUCAGGGAGCUCUGUCACUGAGGUCAUCUGGACCAUAGGCAAUUGGCUCACACCAGCUCUCCAUGGUCAAGGUAUUAUGACAAACGCUGUCGAGACUAUUUUGCAUGACUGGGGGGUUCCCUGGAUGGACGUCCGGAAGGUCAUCGUUGGCGCUUUCAUAGAAAACCCGGCGAGUGUGAAGGUGUUCGAGAAAAAUGGGUUCAAGACGUGGUCUAUCGUGGAAAACGCGCUCGAGGUCAGGGGUGAGAUGAAGGGGCUGCACACCCUCCUGUGGACUCGAAAUGAACUCAGCUGCAGCUGA